UUUGGGGGAGGGUGUGCACAGGAAGAAAGCAGGAAAAAGAGAGAAAGGGAAAAGAAAGAGGAAGAGAGAAGAAAACCAGACACCAGCUAUAGAGAGAAGGGCAUAGCUCCAAAGUCCAAAUCCUGAAAGUUUGCAGAAAGGAAGAUCUGCUUUUUUCAGAUGUGGUACCUUUUCUUCUUCUGUCUUCCUGUCUGGGCUGAUGCAGACUCCAUGUAUGGUGAGAUCUUGUCACCCAAUUAUCCUCAGGUGUAUCCCAAUGACGUGCAGGAGUCUUGGGAAAUCCAGGUCCCUUCAGGAUAUGGCAUUCGCCUUUAUUUCACACAUAUGGAUCUUGAACCAUCACAGAACUGCGAGUAUGACUCAGUAAAGAUCCUGUAUGGUGGCUAUGUUGAAGGUGUGCUUUGUGGGCGGAAGAAACCUCGUGCCCCUGGCUCCUCGAUUGUGGAGGAAUUUCAUGUCCCUUAUAACACCCUCACUAUGCACUUCCAAUCAGAUUUUUCCAAUGAGGAGCAUUUCACUGGUUUUGCUGCCUAUUAUGUUGCAGUGGACUUGGAUGAGUGCACAGAUUUUGUGGAGGAACCUUGCAGUCAUUACUGUAAUAAUUAUAUUGGAGGUUACUUCUGUACCUGUCCGCCAGAUUAUUUCCUCUAUAAGGAUAAUAAAACAUGUGGAGUGAAUUGCAGCGGAAAUGUCUUCACUGAGCCAACAGGGGAGAUUGCCAGCCCCAACUAUCCCAACGAGUACCCAGAGAACUCACGGUGUGACUACCAAGUGGCUCUGAAGCCAGGCUACUUCGUGGCUAUUACCAUACACAGCGGUGACUUCGAUGUGGAACCAGCCAACUCAGAAGGGAGUUGCCAUGACAGCUUAACAUUUAUCUCUGGAAAGCAGCGGAUUGGUCCGUAUUGUGGCAGUAAAUUCCCAGGUCCCCCUGAAAUCAAAACUAGGAACAAUAUUCUUGACAUAAUCUUCCAGACAGACGGCGCAGUACAGCACAAAGGCUGGAAAUUACGCUACUAUGCGGAUCCUGUAACCUGUCAUUCGAGUGUCAUCCCCAACUCUGUUCUUGAUCCAAAGAAGGACAGGUAUAUCUUCAAGGACAUCGUGAGGGUGACUUGUGUAGAAGGCUAUGAAAUUGUGAUGAAACGAGACAGCAUCAAGAGUUUUCACUCCAGCUGUCAGGACAAUGGUGAAUGGAGCAACUCCAAUUUUAUCUGUGUUCCUGUAAACUGUGGUGAUCCGAUUCCCAUUGAAAAUGCCCAAGCCAUAUAUGUCUCUGAACUUCAUGAGCCUCUGUACAAAGCUGCUUUCCAGUAUCAAUGUGAUGCUCCUUACUAUACCCUAGAAACCAAAGGGGAUGCGGUAUAUCACUGCUCGGCUGCUGGAGAAUGGGUCAACGAAGAGAUGGGAACAAAAUUACCAAAAUGUGUCCCAGUCUGUGGGGUACCUAGUAAUCCCAUCCGAGAGAAAGCAAGGAUUUUUGGAGGCACCCGUGCAGAAAAGGGCAACUUCCCUUGGCAUGUUUAUUUCCAUCACCCAAGGGGAGGUGGUGUACUCAUCUCUGAAAGAUGGGUAAUGACUGCAGCUCAUGUGCUGGAAGGAUAUGACAACCCCAACAUGUAUGCUGGGGUAAUCAAUGUGGGUAGAGACACCCUGUACCGAGAAGGCAAGCUGCUGAUCCCAGAGGCUUCAUUCAUCCAUCCUGAUUGGAAAAAGCAGCCUAUCGAAACCAGGACUGAUUUUGAUAAUGAUAUUGCACUACUGAAGCUGAGAGAACCUGUGAAGAUGGGCCCAAACAUCUCUCCCCUCUGUCUUCCUGGUAAAACACCUGAGUAUGAAUUACAAGAAGGGACUCUGGGCUACAUUGCGGGCUGGGGACAGAGAGAGACAGGAAGACUGCCUGUUUACCUUUGGAAGGCCCAGAUUCCUGUUGUGGACAUGGCUGUGUGCCAAUCUGUGAAGCCAGAGGGCUCUGCUGAUUCCAGUGCUUACCGAUUCACUGACAAUAUGAUCUGUGCCGGUGGUGACAAAGACAGCUGCAAGGGGGAUAGCGGUGGAGCAUACGCUAUCCGAGACCCUCUUGAUGACAGACGAUACUAUGUGGCUGGGCUCAUCUCCUGGGGACCAAAAUGUGGUACCUUUGGUCUUUACACCAAGGUAGUGCGUUACUUGGACUGGAUUAGAGAGACCAUGAGCAAGCAUGAGGAUCAAGAAGCUUCGCAGGAUUAGCUCUUGUUUCUUUCAGUACAGUCACCCUUUCUAAAUGUGGUUGUUACAUGUCCAGGCUGGCUGUGAUCCUGUUCACUCUGCAAGCGUAAUGGGCCCAUUCGUUUCCGAGCUGAGCAAAGUCAGGAAUACGUAUCAAUUUCUGCUACUGUCAUCGUGUCUGGGAAGGAAAUUUCUAUUUCUUCAUCCACUCAUAGUAGCAUAAAAGGAAGAUGCUAUUCUGGAUAAAGAGGCUUCUUCUGUUUCCUUUCAUUUUUUUCUAUCCCAUUUUUUCCCACUUGGAGAAGACUGAGCCAUGCUCCACCUGACAAAUAGAUUUCAAUGAAGAUGAGAGAAUAAUGGUUGGUUCCCAGGGCAGGUUCAGAGGCUGGUGUCUGAUUUAUGUAUUUCCUGUGUUGUUCAGAAAAUCUAAGAGCAUUAAAGUUCAAAUUGCCUUUUGUGCAAUGUGCUGUUGUGUGUGUAUUGCCGCCUUCUCAGUCUAGACAUAGUUCUCCUUGAAACUCCCUAAAUCAAGGCUCUAGUCACAUUUUGACCCACUAUACUGCCAGCUUUUGUCAAGCUGUAACUUGUGCUACCUUGCGUCUCUACCUAUGAAUCUUUAUGAAGUUCUUCUGAGGUGGUUGCAUCUCAUUGACCAACCAUUACCAGCAAUGAGGACUUCAGAAUUCUGAAUAAAGCUGAGCAGAAGAGACAUCUUCAAAAUCCUUUCAUUUACCUGUCCUCAGAGCUUUAUUUUUC